AUGGGGGGAAUUGGAAAAACAACUCUUGCUCAAUUUGCCUACAAUAACAAUCAGGUAGAGAGCAAUUUUGAUAAAAUAAUAUGGGUGUGUGUAUCGGACCCUUUUGAUGAGAUUAGGAUCGCCAAAGUGAUUCUUGAAUCUCUCGAAGGUUGUACUCCUAAUGUCGUAGAAUUACAAUCUCUUUUUCAACGUAUUUGUAACUCUAUUAAGAAUAAAAAAUUUCUCCUCAUUUUAGAUGACGUAUGGACUGACGAUUACAAGAAAUGGGAACCAUUCUAUAAUUGUUUAAAGAAUAGUCUCAAUGGAAGUAAAAUUUUAAUUACCACACGUAAAGAGUCGGUUGCACGUAUGAUGAAUUCAAUUGAUAUUAUCAAUAUUAAUGAAUUGUCCUAUGAGGAGAAUUGGUUAUUGUUUAGAAAGCUAGCUCUUUCUGAAAGAGCUCCUGGUGAGUAUGAAGAUUUAGAAGAAAUUGGUGAAAAAAUAGUUAGGAAAUGCAAGGGGUUACCUCUUGCUACAAAAACUAUUGGGAGUCUCUUGCGGCUUAAAAAAUCUAAAGACCAAUGGCAACUUGUUUUAGGUAGUGAAUUGUGGAAAUUGGAAAAUGUUGAAAAAGGUCUUUUAACCCCUUUGAUGUUGAGUUAUAAUGAUUUACCACCAAGGGUAAAACGGUGUUUUAUAUAUUGUUCUAUCUUUCCAAAAGAUUAUGGUUAUAUGUUUAAAGAUACAUUGAUUGAUUUAUGGAUGACUCAAGGUUAUCUUAGGUUGGAAAAUGAUGAUGAGAAUGAGGAGAUAAUUGGUGAAGAAUAUGUUGAGUAUUUAGUGAGCAGAUCUCUCUUACAAGACAAUGAAUUUUACGGUUAUAAGAUGCAUGAUAUAGUGCACGACUUUGCACAAUUUUUAGGUAACAAUGAAUGUCUUUCUGUAGAAGUCCAUGGUGUCGAAGACCCACUAACAAACUCUUCUCAUGACAAAGUUCGUCAUUUAAUGUUAACUCUUAAAGGACCUAGGGCUUCAUUUCCUGAAUCUACUUGUAGAUUCAAAUGGCUACGUAGUCUCUUACUUACAUUUGAUAAUGGUUGCUUGGCUAGUGAUGUUUUAGCAAGGUUAUUUAAUGAAUUGACAUGUUUACGGGUAUUAAAGGUAGAAGCUAUAUUUGAUUUUGAAGAGAUUCCAAAAGAGAUAGGAAAAUUGAUACAUUUGAGGCACCUUGAUUGGGAUAACCGACUUCACCAUCGUACAAUUAAAUUACCUAAAAGUUUGUGUGAAUUAUAUAAUUUACACACUCUUCGUCUUUCUUGUGGUGAGCUCAAAGAAUUACCUCAAGGGAUGGAAAAACUAGUAAACUUGAGGCGUUUGAAAUUUGAAAAUAUUUAUUUUACACUACUUUACAUGCCAAAAGGGAUUGAGAAAUUAACCGGUCUUCGAAGAUUAAGUGAAUUAGUUAUAAGUGGUGAAGGCGAUCAUGAUAACAAAGCAUGUACACUUGAAGGAUUGAAAAAUUUGAAUCAACUUGAAGGGAGCCUUAUAGUUAGAGGGUUUGGAAAUUUAAGAAAUGUGAGCGAUGGUGAACUUACAGAAGUAUUUAAUAAAAAGGAAAAACUCUCUCAGUUGAUAUUAAAUUUUGAUGAACGUGAAGAAGGGGAAAGAUUAGGCGAGGAUGAUGAACUAAUCCUAAAAACCUUACAACCACCGCCAAAUUUAGAGAAUUUAUAUAUAUCGUCCUACAGAGGCAACACAUUUCCUUCCAGUUGGAUGACGUUAACCAAACUGAAGGUGUUAGAUUUUUGGGGUUGCUCGAACUGUAAGCAUUUGCAUCAUUUGGGAAAGUUGCCAUUGCUUGAAACUCUAUUUUUAGGAGCAAUGUCCAGUGUGAAAAAAGUGGAUAAUGAUUUUUGGGGAAUAGACAGUGAGACCUCAUCAUCAUCUUCAUUGUCUGUUCACUUUCCCAAAUUGAUAGAAUUCAGUUUCUGGGACACGGAAGAAUGGGAAGAGUGGGAUUGCAAGGGAGAGGAAUUCAUGCCAUGUCUUGCUCGCUUGAGUAUUGUACGCUGCCCCAAGUUAAAGGCACUGCCAGACAGCCUUCUGCAGAGGACAACACUCAAGGAAUUGAACUUUAGUGAAUGUCCUAUUCUAAGUGAACGAUACAAGAAGGAAACAGGAGAGGACUGGCCCAAGAUCUCUCACAUCCCUAAUAUAGAUAUUGAUUGUCGAUAUGUGCAACGAGAGCAAUAA